AUGGACUCCCUCUGGAACAAUCUCGUCGACCAAGACAAGCGAUGCUGCCUUGCAGUCUGCCUGGCAGUGAACGAUCCCAACCAUGCAAUCUCGGCUGAAGGCUGCUCUGCAGACGCGCAGGAGAUAACUGAGCAGAUAAGCAGCAAGGUUGGUGAUCGUUUCAUGGCUUAUCUUGUAGGCUGUCUCCGUGGGCCGCUACCCAGGGAGGAGUUUGUCAUCAAAGUUGCCGCACUGCUCGCGUGCUUCAAGAUUCGCGCGAGGUUGGAGAGCCCCCAUCUCUAUCAGAGAACAAACUUGCUCUUCGAGCUUGAUAAAAUUCUCGACCACGAUUUCAGCAAGCCCUAUGUUGGCAUGCAAGUGCUGGAACAAACGCUGUGGCUCUCUGUGCGAGUCCUCGAGACCCAGGAGCCAAACAAAAUUUUCGAGCCCGGCCUCCUGCCCUCGUCUUACGAACAGGUUCCUGAAUCUGUAUCGAGACAUUUCCUCCAGUUAUACUGCAUGAUUCGUUGUCUGUUCCCAUCCACUCACGAAGCAUCGGUACACCGGGUUCACGGCCUCGUUGAACCGGCCCAUUUUGGCACGGCUGAGUAUCCUGGUGAGCUCACAGUCGAGAGGGAAUCGGGGUUGGAUCUUCUAGCUCUGUUCGAAGCAGCGGAAUUGACCUCCGAGGAGGAGAAUACGGAGAUUGCGAGCUCGAAUAUGGAUUCUGGCGCAGAAUGGGAAGACUCCUGUGAUGAAUCCCUUCUCGAAGAAAGCUCCGAAUCAUGCGAGGACGAUGAUGAAGAGGAUGACGAUGAAGGGAACGACGAUGACUACGAUGAUGAUGAGGAGGAAGAUGGAGAACAAGACAGUGAUUAUGACGAAGAAUGCGAUCACAUCUGA